AUCCUGGAUCGAGGGGCAGGUGUGUGAGUUCCCUUGAAGGUUCCUUUCUCCAGGGCUGCUGAGCAGGGGCCAGGGCAGAAGCUGGGACCACCUGGGAGAGGAGUCUAGGCCAAUCCAUCUGCAUUUCUCACGCAGGGAACUGUCACCAUGAAGACCCUUCUGAUGUUGGCAUUGGCCAUGGCCUUUGGCCCGCUGCAGACCCAUGAGGACUUGCUGGAUUUCCAGAAAAUGAUCGAGAUUGCCACAGGAAAGAAUGCUUUCUUAGAUUAUGCCUUCUAUGGUUGCUACUGUGGUUUAGGUGGCCAAGGAUCCCCCAUGGAUGCAACGGAUCGGUGCUGUGCUGCACAUGACUGUUGCUACAGACGCCAUCAGAAAUGUGGCACCAAGUUUCUGAAGUACAACUUUGAUUACCGAAAGGGCCAAAUCGUCUGUGGUAAGGAUGAUUCCUGUAGCAGCCAGCUGUGUGAAUGUGAUAAAGCAGCUGCCACCUGUUUUGCGAGUAACCUGAAAACCUACAAGAAACAGUACCAGUUCUAUUCCAACAAGCAUUGCAGUGGGAGGGACCACCGGUGCUGAGGAUCCCGCACCCUGGAAGCCUCGCUGCCCACACGGAGUUUCCCUCUCUGCCCCCCCUCCCCCCGCUAGUUCUCAGAAACGAAGGAAACACCCCUCUACCAAGGAGCCCCUCGAACCCAGAGAGAAGCCUUCCUUCCAGAAUGGGAAGCGCCAGGCCUGUGGCCUGAGCCUUUCCCCUCUUCCUUGGGGGCAGGAGGUGUCCCCAUCCCCACUGUCCUCCGUGUCCCGCUUCCUGCUUAGCGUGGCGGCCACACGCCCAGGUUUCUUCCAAAUAAAGCAAUUAGUUCAUUGGCAAA